AUGCAGGGUUCUCCCACACCUGCUCGCCUGAGUGACCUCGAUCCCUCUUCUUCUCUCACGCUCACCCCCUACCGAGCGAGCACCUCUUUAUCCACCAGCACGGCUAGUCCCGAUGAUGGUUCCAGCGAGUCGCCCGACAGCGGCACUAGCUCGUCGAAAUUCUUCUCGCCGGUGAACGACUUCCCUCCGUCGCUGCAGAUGGACCUCAUGUCCCCCAAGAUCGAGGAACUGGAUGACGAUGACCUCCAAAACAUCAAGUCGGCCAGGGUGGAGACCGCCCCGGGCGCAUCCGUGGCUGUUCCACGGAAACGUGGGCGCCCGCGCAAGCAUCCGCUGCCCACUCCCGGGAGCCAGGCCAAGGUGACCAAGGGCCGCUCCAAGACGGGGUGUAUCACCUGUCGGAGGAGGAAGAAGAAAUGCGAUGAGACUAAGCCUGCGUGCCUCAACUGUCAGAAGAAUGCCGUCGUCUGUGAGGGGUAUCCGCCCAAGGAGAUCUGGAAGAGUGGACGACAGAAGCAAGCGGAUGCUCGAACUCACUCCCUCGCCGCCGUGCCACGCCACCUGCCCCUCCUUAUCGACGGCAUCGAGACCGAUAUCGAUCGCCGCUUUCUCGAUCACUUCGUCUACGGCUUCAGUCGCGUGCUAACCCUCAUCAACGAUGACUCGAACCCGUUCAAAGAGAUCCUGCUCCCCAUGGCCACCCAACACCGCGGCCUGAUGCACUCCCUCAUGUGUCUGUCGGGGUCGCACUUGUCCGGGCUGGAUCCCGAGCCGAAGCUGAUAGACCGCAAGUACUUUCACUUCCAUCGCGCCAUCCAAGACCUCAAGGACAAUAUCCUUGCAACAUCACCCUCGUCAUCAUCACCGCAAGCCUCGAGCGAGGACCAAGAGCUGCUCGUGGAAGACCCGAUCAUUGCAUCCACCAUCGCGCUCAGUCUCAACACCAUCUGCGAAGGCGAGACUAACGGCGAAUACCGUCCACACAUGGAUGCCGCCCGGUAUCUGCUCCUAUCGCAGCAACCACGCAAUGAGAAGUUCCGCCAGUUCAUCGUCGAGUUCUUCCAGUACCACGAUGUUUCGAACUCUCUCACCUCGCUCGAUCGCAGACCCGCCCUGCUGCACAGUAACCUGCGUCUCCCCGAGUUCGUCCCAGGCGCUCAGGCAGGCAUGUUCCUGGGUGUCUUUGACGGGCUCUUCAACUAUAUCUCAGAGGUGACCCAGCUCCGCGACCGAAUCCGCGAACGCUUCGACCAAGGCUACGAGCCCGCAGUGGACUACCAAACCCUCAGCGAAGCUGUCUCCAUCGACACCGCCGUCCGCAGCUGGGAGACGUCACACGAGCCCGACACGCCCAACUGGUUCCUAGCCCAGUUAUACCGCCAAACGACCUGGGUAUACCUGUACCGAACAAUCCGGCCCUCCCGCCCAAGCGACAAGAUCAGCCAAGUCGUCGACGACGGCCUAUCUUAUCUAGACCAGCUACCGCAGGAUGCAGGCGCAUAUAGCAUUGUUCUCAUGCCGCUGUUUCUGCUCGGUUGCUCGGCAUUUAUCCCCGAGCAGCGCGAGCGCAUCCGGAAGGGCUUCGAUGCGCUCAAGGCGUACUCGAAUCUGCGCAAUAUCGAACCUGCUUUCAAAGUAGUUGCGCGCGUAUGGGAAAUUAUGGAUACGAAAAUGGAAGAUAGCUGGGAUUGGGAGAAGAUUAUCCGUGAUAUGAACAUGGACUUCCUCAUCACCUGA